UGGAUUAAAGUGCUCGAUUUAAUAGAUUUUCCUUUCCAAUAACCCGGUGCAUUUUAGAAAUGCAUUAUAAUAUGCGUGCAUGUAUUUUGCCGAUAUAAAGCAAUAUUUUUUACUGUCUUUUAGAUGGUCAACGCAUGCUCUGAAGUGGUGAUUUCUAUAAUGACCUUGAAUAUGCAGCUCUAAUGCUGCAAAACGAGGAUUAACCGACGAGAUAUUUGGCAGAAACGCUCUUCAUCUUGAUACGAUCGUCUAUUCUGAUUAAAAUUUGAUUUAAGGUCGAGUUCAUAAAUCCACCAGGCGCUGAAACUGUCGCAUUCUCGGCCUGUUUUUCAUCGGAAUAUAUUUGGCAUCGUAGAAACCCUCAAGAGCUCAAAACAUGCAGGAUGAUUUACUGAUGGACAAAAGCAAAGCUCAGCCUCACCAGCACCAAGAGCCCUUAAAUACAGAGCCUCCAUCCACCACCACGACCCCCUCCGAGCCUCCGGUCCCGGACGAGCAGAACCCUGUCGGUCACUCCGAGCGGCUCGCCAUGGAGUCUCCGGUGUUACCGGGUUUGGGUUUCCCGCAGGAUUCCUCUCUCUCGCAGUCGUUCGGCAGCACUUGGUCCACCAACGCCGUAGACGAAGGCUUUUUCCAAGGGAUUCCGUCGGUAAACGGGACGAUGCUUUUUCAAAACUUUCCCCAUCACGUCAACCCGGUUUUCGGAGGUAAUUUUUCCCCGCAGAUGAGAAGGUCUCCGCUGAGUGUGACCCAGAGGAACCCCUACAGCCACCAGACGCUCAUCAAUAAAGUGUCCGCGUCGUCCGCUUCCUCGUCCGCCUGGAAUAACCAUCAGAACGCGGUGUGGAGCUCCGCGGCGAACCCCUGGAGCGGCAGAGACCCGCGGAGAGCGCUCGGGCUCGGCGUCCCGUCUCAGCUCAACCCCGUCUCCCCGACGAAGAAGCCCUUCCCGAGCAAUGUCAUCGCGCCCCCGAAAUAUCAGAGACCCGGAGCCCUGCAGAAACCCUGGAUGAUCUCAGAGCCUCCGGAGACCUUCAGAACCGACAACGGCAACAACAUGCUGCCAUUUCAGGAAAGGAAUCGCCCCUUUGACCCAUUCAACUUGCAAACUUUGGAGAAUUCCUUAAUGGACAUGAUUGGGACAAACCGUGACAAAGGUCGCAUGGGUCUCAACUUUCACCAUCCAGUAGCGGAACAUAUAUUACCACUGAACUCCAGGAGCUAUGGUCGCAGAAGAGGUCGCUCUUCACUGUUUCCUUUCGAGGACGGCUUCCUGGACGACGGUCUCGGUGAUCAUCCGCUGACCCCUGGCCUGAGCUCGCCCGGCCGCUGUCAGAACGGAGAGAGGAUGGAGCGCUACUCCAGGAAGGUGUUUGUCGGAGGACUGCCUCCAGACAUCGAUGAAGAUGAGAUCACCAACAGUUUCCGUCGCUACGGUCACCUGGUGGUGGACUGGCCUCAUAAAGCAGAAAGCAAAUCCUAUUUUCCCCCUAAAGGUUACGCUUUCCUGCUCUUCCAGGAGGAGAGCUCAGUCCAGGCCCUCAUUGACGCCUGCAUCGAGGAGGACGGGAAACUCUACCUGUGUGUCUCGAGCCCCACUAUUAAAGAUAAACCAGUCCAGAUUCGCCCGUGGAACCUGAGUGACAGUGAUUUCGUGAUGGAUGGCUCUCAGCCUCUCGACCCACGCAAGACCAUUUUUGUGGGAGGCGUUCCACGACCUCUACGAGCAGUGGAGCUGGCUAUGAUCAUGGACCGGCUGUAUGGAGGUGUGUGUUACGCCGGCAUUGACACUGACCCAGAACUCAAAUACCCUAAAGGUGCGGGCCGAGUGGCCUUCUCCAAUCAGCAGAGCUACAUCGCUGCCAUCAGCGCCAGAUUUGUCCAGCUGCAGCAUAAUGACAUUGACAAACGGGUGGAGGUGAAGCCGUACGUGCUGGACGAUCAGAUGUGCGAUGAAUGUCAGGGCGCUCGCUGCGGAGGAAAGUUUGCCCCCUUUUUCUGUGCCAACGUCACCUGUCUGCAGUAUUACUGCGAGUACUGCUGGGCGAGCAUCCACUCACGUGCCGGCAGAGAGUUCCACAAACCUCUAGUGAAGGAGGGCGGAGAUCGACCUCGGCAUGUGUCCUUCCACUGGAGCUGAUGCCAAGCAUCCCAUCACCCUCUCCACCCACCGAACACGGAUCUCCCCUCGCAUCGUUUGGUUUUAGUAAACAAAUAUCAUGGUAUCUCUGUCCACUAUAUUCUCUGCUUACAAACACUUAGGAAAAUAUGAAUUUUGAGUCUGCGUGCUCAAACGUUGCACUUUGGCACAAACAGUCGAUGUUAACGCUUGUCAGGAUGUUGUGCUUUAAUUCUCUCAUGAUCCUUCGUUUGAUUGGUUUAGUGCUCCAUGUAGGUAAUAUUAGGCAGUGUGAGACUAUAUAUAACAUAUACAGUACAUUUACAAAAAGGAUAUAUUUUUAGUUUAUAUUUAUCUAUAUACACAUAGACAAUACAUUUUGGGUGUCAGAUGUUUUAAAGAAGCAUGCACUUAUUGUGAAAAACAGUGGUAGGAAAUUCCCCCCUAGAUGAUGACAAAAAAAGUUACCAAAGGUAAAAUGAAUUCAUUAUGAAAAUCAUGUUUAAGUGAGCUGUUAAAAAAAAAAAAAGUAUUUAUUAGAGUAAAACACCAUUGGCUCUCCAUGUUGAAAUGAAUAGUAAUACCUCAUGCAUGCAUCUCUUUCUGUUCGCUACGUUUUUUUAGGCUUAAUUUUUGACGAGUUUUUAGUAUUAACUACAUGUAAUGCUGCAAUAGCUUUUGCUGCUAAAUCCAUGGUAUGAGUCCAUGCCGUCAUACUUUAUUCAGGCAAACGAGCGCUCUGAAGGGUCUGCGUCUGGAUGUCAAAUGAGUCUGCGAUGCAUGCUGUAAAAUCAGGUCUCUCUUUCAUUUCCCCCGCGAUGGGAGAGCGAUAUGAAGCACUAUGGAAGGUUGCUUCCUCCAAAGAGUAAAUAAGGUAACUGCAUCGUUUUAUCUCACAAAUCUGACUCAUGAGGGGAAAAACUAAUUCUGAAUCGUGAGUGGGGAAAAGUUUGAAUUCUGAGGUAUAAACUCGCAAUUAUGAGAAAAAAGUUAGCAUUGUUAAAAAGGUUUUUUUUUUUUUUCAUGGCAAAAACAAGAUCACAAUUCACUUCUCCUCUCCAAAAAAAGUCUGAAUUGUGAGAUAUAUACUUAGAAUUAAGAUGUUAAAUCACAAUUGCGAAAUAAACUUGCAAUUCUAAGAAAAUAACUCAACACAAAAUUGAGAGAAUAAUUUUUGAAUCAUGAGAUAAAAAGUCGCAAGUCUAUUUUUUUUAUUCCGUCAUUUUGAUUUUUAAUUAUUAUUAUUAUUUUUUAAGAAUUCUUCUCACAAUUUGGACAACUUUCAUACAAUUUUAAGACAAAGAUCAGAAUUGUGAGGAAACGUGAUAUAAACUAAAUGAAAAAAAAAAGUAUUUUAUUUUUUAUAAUUUGUACUUUUUUGUUUAUAUCUCACAAUUCAGACUUUUCUCAGAAUUGCAAGUUUAUUUAUUAAGAACUUUCAAUUACAGUUCAGUUUCUCACAGUUGUGGGAUACAAAAUUUUGAAUUGUUUGUUUAAAAAGUCCGUGGCAGAAAUAAGCUUCCACAGAGCACAAACUGGCCAUGACAGGAAUGGGCCUACUACAAAAUAAUAAUUUUACACAUAAAAAACACAUGAGACCUGCCAGAUGACAGAACCGCUCAACUCAGUUAGAUGUAGGAUGUUCUAGCGAAAUGUCUUUAACAGGUGAAGUAGUUUUUGCAGUGAUUGUUCAUGGAAUUGUGCAAUUUUUAUACACUAUGUAUUUCGGUUAGAUGACGCCUAGAACUGUGAUUCGCUUUAACUGUUAUUGAUGUCUGACAGGAACGUCAUGUGAAACUAGCGUAUGUAAACACACAGAUCUCGCACACUUCUGCUAGUUAGCGUCCCGUCAGAACCAAAGAGCUGUCCGACUCGAAAUGACCAACUACACUACGUUACACACCGACGAUUCACAAAAUACUGUGUCCAGCCGGUGACUCUGGAAGAAUUAGCGAACACUGGCACUAAAUGACUUAGCUUACUUUGAGACACGGCGGGCGGAAUUACCUCACGGAACCGCUGCAUUUAUAUCCAGAUUAUAUCCAGCAAAACUUGAAGUAAAAUCAUGUCGACGGUGGACAUGUCGAAACUAAAUUGAAAGAUGGUGGAGAGGAACGCGUCUCGGCUGCUUAUCCGAGAGUAAAAAAAACGGUCAGCUUUAGGUUGGCACGUCUGAAAAAAACGACAAAUGUGUAACGUUACCGAUGGAGAAAAAGAGGAUUGUGGGUAAACUUGAUCCCAAUGGUGGUGGAUUCUGGGUGUGUUUGUGAUAUUUCUUUCCCUGCCCAGAUUUUUCUCUGUUUUUCUAUGUUUGUUCCUUCUGUGUAGUAGAUGUAUGCACUACUCUUUGUAUUUGUAUGAUUGAAUAGUCAGCGUGUUAUUUUUUUAUUUUAAUUUUUAAUUAUUUUUUUAAUAGAAAAACGUGUGCUUUCUGACUAACGUUAUCUUUUGCAAUACCUCAAUUUUGAAAUAUAAUAGGAGAGAGAUUGAUAUUUUCUAAGUGCGUUUAUAUAAAAAAAAGACUAUAUAUUAAUUUAAUUCUGCUAGAGAACAAGCAAAAAUUUAACAUGCUUAAUUUUAUUUUUGUCAUACUUAUUUGCUUUUAUUUUUAUUUGUGAAAAAAAAAAAAGUUAAAAACAAAAACAACUGAAGGAGUUAGAGAUGUAUUAUUUUAAUACUGUAGGAAGCUGCUGCGACAUCACAGUGUUCCACAAACAAACAUCUGAUUUUAUUACUAAUAAAUAUAUAUAUAUAUUCGAUAUGGUCAACAGGCCGUCAGGUGCUUCUAGACAUACUACUUACGUUUUUAUUUACAAUCAGACCUUUACUAUGCUUAAAAUCUUCUGUUGGUUCUAGUUUUUUAAGUUUGGUGAAACGAUGUGUUCCCCUUUGUUUUGUAAAGGCCAAAUGCCCCGAUUUGUCAACCUUGUAUCAUUUAGGGAUGGCAGAAAAGUUAUGAUUUUUUGGCAAGAUGCAGAGAAAAGAAUGUUCAUUUGGGAAGCUGGAAAGAUAUUAAACAUUUCAACUUUCAAGCCCCAGAUGCGUCGCUGAUGUGGUGGCCUUCUACUCACCCGAGACUUGAAUUAGUCCCUUUCUUUUUUUUUUUUAAAGGCUGAGAACCUUGAUUCUUUGUUGUAAUGUGCAAUACUGUUUGUACUGUUUGUAAAAAAAAAAAAAAAAAAAAAAGAACAGAAAAAGGCAUAAAUCUUUAUUGCAGAUUUAUUUUCAUUGCGAGCAUUGUGAUUCACUAAAAUCAUUUUCUACUGUGUAUUUACUCGACGUGCUAGUACCUUCAAGUAGUAAUGUAGCCUUUGUACUGAAAAAUAUUUUCAUUAUUUUUUAGAGAUUUUUUGCAAAAAAAAAAAAAAGCCAAGAAUGAAAACAAUUACAUAUUUUCCAUUAUUUUUUAUUUGUUUUCUUUACACACUUAUUCCUCAACCAUUAAUGUUAGCUAUUUCUGGGGGAGACUUUCAUACCUGGUCAAUGUCGUUAAUAUGAUUUUGUAUUUUUAUGUGGAAUAAAUUAAUUUUAUGAUGCAAAUUUUUACAUUUUUUUUGCCCUUUAUUUAUUUUUAUUUUUUGAAGUUGAAAAUUUUCUAAGAUUGGUACUAAAAUGUCUAGAUCUUUCAAAUGCAAAGCUUGUUGCUUAUGUAAGUGUGAUUGGGGAAAAAUAAUUGCACACAAAAAUGAACAGCAAUCAUGGUUAGUAGUGAUAUAAUGUGACUGUAAUGUAACAAUUAAUGGGCAAUAAAAAAAAAAUGACAGCAGAAUGGAGCAAAUAUGAGGUUGUGAUGAAACCCAGUCGAGACAUAAAAUCAUGAAGCUCUGCAGCUCCACUUUCACAGUCAUAGUACAGUCUGCAUUUAACUGAGACACGAUAUUUCCCAGAAUGCAUUUUACUUGUGUAGAGUAUAGUGGAGUAGAUUUGAUUGUAGUGAUGACCUUUUAAACCCCAUCAAAAAACAAACAUGACAAUUCUCUGGACUAAGACGCACCUCUUUUUACUUCAAACCAUUUUAGUCUUACGAGUUUCCUAUAUUGCAACCAUUUGAACCCUUUGAUAAGCUGUGCUGUAUAGUUAGAAAAUGUCCUGUGUUUAGUGACACUUUCACAAUUAAAAGACAAUUCUGGUCUAA